AUGGACACGGUCCAAGCGAUCAUCCAACAGCAAAUCGAGGCUGGAACAUUUCUGCAAUCGGUUCAGCAGGGACAGCAACACGUGCAACAGGCAGAUGCGGUGAAUUACGGUGAAGAGGAAGAGUAUGAGGAUGAAGAGGGCACUUAUAAAGGAAAACGAAGCAACACCCUUCCAAUAUGGGGGAAUCAAGUCACUAUGAAUCUGAAUACACUGGUUCUGGAGAACAUACGAGAGAGCUACUACUACAAGAACAAUCUGGUGGAGAUUGACUCGUUUCAGACGCUUGUAGAGCAGAUUUUCUACCAGGUGAAACAUCUGGAACCAUGGGAGAAGGGCACGCGACGUCUUCAAGGAAUGACUGGAAUGUGUGGAGGAGUUCGAGGCGUGGGAGCCGGUGGAGUCGUCAGCUCUGCCUACUGUCUCUUGUAUCGACUCUUCAAUUUGAGAAUCACGCGAAAACAGCUUAUAAGCAUGUUGAAUAGCCGACAAUCGGUGUAUAUCAGAGGCAUUGGCUUCAUGUACAUUCGGUACACCCAACCACCAGCGGACCUUUGGUAUUGGCUAGAGCCCUAUCUUGACGACGACUCGGAAAUUGAUCCAAGAUCCGGAGGGGGGAUCUGA